AUGUUAAAAAUCGGGGGCGGAGCCCUGCUAGUGGCGGCCAUAGUUGCGGUCUUCGUGGUCGCCACUCAAGGCCGUGACCCUGACCUUGAGGCCUUGGAGCUUGAGGGUCGGGAGUACAUCUUCCAACUCGACAAGUCCGCGGGCGCAAGGAAGAACAAAGUCGGCAUCUUCGAGUGGGACUACUACAGCAAUAUCACAAAGGAAAAUGAAGAGAAAUGGAUACAAGCCCGUAUAGAACAGUCCCAACAAGAAAAGCGAGCGUGGGAGGAGACGAAGAUGUACAGGUGGCAAGACUUCCAGGACUUCACUCUUCGGAGAAUGUUCAAGAAGUACAGCAAGCUUGGAGUAUCAGCAUUACCUGAUGAGAAGUACAAACAAUUGAUGAAGUUGAUCGCGGACAUGGAAUCUAACUACGCAACCGCCAAGAUUUGCGAGUACAAGGAUCGCUCUAAAUGCAAUUUGUCUUUGGAACCAGAAAUCACAGACCUGUUCGCGAAGUCUCAAGAUCCUGAAGAGUUGAAGCACCUUUGGGUGGAGUGGCACAAGGAGGCGGGGGCGAAGGCAAGGAACAACUUCACUGAAUAUGUAGGCUUGUACAAUGAGGCUGCUAAACUUAAUGAUUACAAAGACGUAGCUGAUUGGUGGCAAUCAGAGUAUGAAGCAGAUGCGGACAACUUUGAGCAGCAACUGGCCAAGAUCUGGGAGGACGUGAAGCCACUGUAUCAGCAGUUGCACGCGUACGUGAGGAAACGUCUGCGAGACAAGUACGGAGACCACAUCGUGUCUGCUCGAGGACCCAUCCCUGCACAUUUGUUAGGCAACAUGUGGGCUCAAAGCUGGAACAAUAUUCAAUCAUUCACCCGCCCUUACCCAGACAAGAAGGAAAUCGACAUCACACAAUCAAUGAAGAGUCAGAACUACACUGCAUUGAAAAUGUUCCAAAUGUCUGAUGAAUUCUUUAGGUCUUUAAACCUGAGUGCCAUGCCUUCAAAGUUCUGGAAGAACUCCAUCAUUGAGAAACCUACUGAUAGGGAAAUAGUCUGCCAUGCGUCCGCUUGGGACUUCUAUGAUGGUGAAGACUUCAGGAUCAAAAUGUGUUCAUCGGUCACCAGAGAAAAUUUUAAAACAGUCCACCAUGAAAUGGGUCAUAUCCAAUAUUACUUGCUGUAUAGCCACCUCCCCAUCGUGUUCCGAGAGGGGGCCAAUCCAGGUUUCCAUGAAGCUGUAGGAGAUACGAUUGCUUUAUCAGUGUCCUCUCCUAAACAUCUCAGACGAGUUGGGUUAACCACCGGAGACGCUGAAGACGAACAAACUGAAAUAAACCAGCUUUACAAAAUGGGUCUAGACAAGAUAGUAUUCCUGCCUUUUGCAUACGCCAUCGACCAAUUUCGUUAUGGAGUAUUCCGUGGCUCUACUACUCCUGAGGAUUAUAACUGUCACUACUGGAAACUUAGAGAAUCUCUUCAGGGCUUGGAACCACCAGUUAACAGGACUGAAGAAGAUUUUGAUGCGGCUGCCAAAUAUCAUGUAUCCGCUAAUGUGGAAUACGCAAGAUACUACGUAUCCUUUAUAAUCCAGUUCCAGUUCCACCGCGCUCUCUGCCAGCUCGCUGGGGAGUAUGUUCCUGAAGACCUCAACAAAAAACUCGUAGACUGCGAUAUCUACCAGAGCAUAGCUGCUGGAAAUGCUUUCGCUAAUAUGCUCAAGAUGGGUUCCUCAAAGCCUUGGCCUGAUGCAAUGGAAGUCCUGACCGGUCAGCGAAGUAUGAAGGCUGAUGGACUCCUGGAGUACUUCAGACCUCUAUACGAGUGGUUACAAGCAGAGAACCAACGGACUGGCGAAUACAUCGGAUGGGAACCUAGUAAAAUGCAAUAUUGCACAGCCGAGCAGCGAGCCGCGUUAAGUGCGAAGGAGACGUCGAAGCCAGAAACACAACAGCCAGCAGAGUCGUGA